ACAUUUUGGCGUGUAGCGAAGCUUUCGGCAAUGAAUGUAGCGUUUUUACCACAUAAAAUGUAUUUAUAAUAGUUUUUAAGCGAUGCUAAUUAAACACUAUGUAUGGACAUUACAUUAGUGACCACUAUAAACGUCCCUAAGUAGUUUUAAAGUGAAAAUAAGACGGUUAAAAGUUAAAAAUGAGUGUCCAAAAGAGUAACGGGCCCAUUAUAGACCCUGCGUUGUGCAGAUGCUGUCGAGCUAUAAAGAAAUGUAGGGUUCUAACAGCUGAAUAUAACUGGAUGGGCAAGAAGGAAGUUUACGCAGACAUGGUCAUGGAUUGCUAUGGUAUAUUGCUGUCCCAUGUGGACGAUAAUGAAAAAGACUCCGGCGUAUGCGCGACAUGCGUGGUGCGCUUGCGCGAGGCCAUAGCGUUCCGACACCAGGUGCUGCAGUGCGAGGAUCUGUUCCUCCAGGCGAAGCUGGCUCCGCCCGAGGAGGACACUAAUAAUAUUAACUAUGAAAACAAACUAAAAAAGCUAGAGCUAGAAAACAUAGAGCUGAAGACUGAGCCCAAGGACUACAACAGCGACCACAACUCCGUUGGGGACGACCACGACGACGCGCUGCCCACGUAUAGCGAUGAUGAAGACAACAAACCUCUUAAACCAGAGUCCAAGCCUGGAGAUCUGCCGCUCAAAGACUCGGAAGUAAAGAGCGAAGACUCCGAGGACUACAAUGGCAGCUCCAGCGACUCCGACGAGCCAAUCAGAAAGAAGGCUAAGAGAAAGAAGAAGACAAACGGGAAGGAAAAGAAGAAAACGGCUAAGAAGCAGAAAGCAGGUACCUCAGCGAAGAAAGCACCUAAAGUGAUGAAGAAACCGCCGGUAGAAAAGAAAAAUACAUACGACAGGGACCUAGAUUGUAUGUCAGAAGAAAAUCUACUCACUAUAAUAGAGUAUUCGUAUGUGUGCCCGUUCAAGAAUAGGAGGAAUAACUACUACUGCUUCUACUGUAAGGUAUGUUGUACACAUAUGACAGUAGAUUGUAUGUCAGAAGAAAAUCUACUCACUAUAAUAGAGUAUUCGUAUGUGUGCCCGUUCAAGAAUAGGAGGAAUAACUACUACUGCUUCUACUGUAAGGUAUGUUGUACACAUAUGACAGUAGAUUGUAUGUCAGAAGAAAAUCUACUCACUAUAAUAGAGUAUUCAUACGUGUGUUCGUUCAAGAAUAGGAGGAAUAACUACUACUGCUUCUACUGUAAGGACUACUACGCCAAACCAGAGGACCUCCGAGCGCACACCGUCUCCCACGACACCAAACCAUUCCAGCUCCUCAUGGGCUACAAGAAAAUGCCCAAAAUCGACAUCACCCGCAUCGACUGCCGCCUCUGCACCACCAAGAUCGACGAUCUCAACACAUUCAAACAACAUAUAGACCAAAUACACGGGAAAAAGAUAUACUUCGAGGCUCCCGACAAGAUGCUACUCUACAGACUAACGUGGAACGAUCUAGUCUGUGUCAUGUGCAGUGAUGUUUUUGAGGAUUUCAACGCUUUAAACACGCAUAUGGUGGAACAUUUCAGUAAUUACACUUGUGAUAUGUGCGGGAUGUGUUUCUUAGAAAAACCUAGGUUAGACGCCCAUUUGAAGCGGCAUAAAGACGACGAGAGACAUACUUGUGAGGUCUGCGGUAAGGUGUUCAAAAGUAAUCAUUAUAAGGAUAUGCAUGUGGAUAUUGUUCAUAAGAAAAAGGCUAUUAUAAGAUGUCCGCGUUGCGAUGAAUGUUUCAUGUCUUACGCUUUGAAAAAUAAACAUUUAACCGAAGCGCAUGGACAGAAACGUACGUAUCCUUGCAAUUUAUGCGAUAAAAUUUAUAAUAGACAGAAAACUUUAACUGAGCAUCAGCGCAGGAAUCACCAGAAAGUUUUAAAACAUCAGUGUGAGUAUUGUGAUCAAAGAUUCUACCUACCCUCAAGGUUAAAGGAGCAUAUGGCAACGCAUACUGGGGAAAGGAAUUUCCGUUGCGAGUACUGCGAUAAAAGCUAUCCUAGACUUAAAUCUCUGCAGUAUCAUAUACGGACGCAUACGAACGAUCGUCGGUACAGAUGUCAUAUAUGUGGGCAGGCCUUUAUACAGAACGCGAGUUUGAAAUCGCAUAUUAAGAGUCACCAUCCCGAAUGCGAUAUUGAGCAAUGCUAUUUUUAAGGUGACACUUAAAAUGGGCUGCUUUAGUUGUCAACGCUUAGGACAAACGUUUAAUUCUUUAAUAUAUCUACGUUCUUUUUGCAACAAAGAAGUAUAAGUAAAAUAACUAGCAUGGGUUUAUAUGUAUAUGUAAAACAAUGAGAUUCAGUCGCCUGUGGACAUAGCCAAAAUAAAGAGAUCUUAUCUAAAUUUAAAUACACAAACCGGUCUACCGCGAUAUAAUUUCAUUGUUUUUACCUUAAACCUUUUCCAGGCAUAGUACGGUUUAUCGACUACAUACGCGCAAACAGAUUUAAUGUUCAAACUAGAUUGCACUUUCGGGAAAUGUGACUUGUCUUCAAAUGGAUCAUCAAAGCUGGAUUAAUUGAUAAAUAUAUUUGGAUUUUUUUGGAAAACCUUGUGGAGCGGCCUGGAAAAGGCUUAAAUUCCGACGUACGCGGUAUCGCGGUAGACCCGUUUGUGUAAUUAAAUAUGUGUACAAAACGCGAGUUUAAAGUGUCAUAUAUUUUAUCUAUUAACCUGAGUAAUAAAAUCAUUACUUAUCUCCGUGAGGCUCUCUGUGCAUCAUAUUGUAACCAUUCCAAAUUUUGUUUUGAACUUCGUAUUAAAAGAAGGUUCCAAAUUGAAAAAAAUCGAAAAUUGCUAAUUGAAGCCAAGAUGUCAUUGUGCACUCAAGUUAACUAUUGUCUGUAGGAGUGACAACCUUUGUUUAGCGUUUCUUUUAUUUUUUUGCCAUUUUUACAUAUUGUGACCUUUUUUGCCACUUUUAUGUUAUUUGUAUAGUUCGUUUUUUUAGCAUUAGAAAGAACUCCACAGAAGCAAGCAUGCAGUUUCUAUCAGGCUCGUUAAUUGUUAAUAAUUAUUGCAUUAUCUAAUGUAGCAUGGUCAAUACAUAUAAUUUACUUCAAAUGAUUACCGCUAUAUGUGUCGGAUUUGGAACCACAAGCUUUUACUUCUGCGAAGUUCUUUCUAAUGCAAAAAAAAACAAACUAUACUCAGAAUCACAAGCUCUUUCAAUCCUAAUGGUAUAAAAAAAUGUCCCGUGAGUUUUUUUCCUAUUGUGUUACCAAUUCCCGAUAUGCUUUGUAUGGCGGUAACAAAAAGGAAAGAAUGAAAAAUUUGUGGAAAUUUUAGGACACCGUUUUUCUCCUAUAAGGAUGAAAAACAGCUCGCUAUCAUGACUAGAAAUAACACAAAAGUGGCAUAAAAGGUCACAAUAUAUAAAAAUGGCAAAAUAAAAACAAAUGCUUUGUUAUAAAAUCUGUUUAUGGCCCGCAUAUCCAAUCAUGCAAUGUGGUAAUAAAUAUGAACAAUAAUAAUUGUAAUGUAUUAUGCAUUUUCUAUGAUUAGUAAAAUUCGACUGUAUUAUUUUAAUAUUUAUUUCUUAAAUAGUUAUACAUGAUAGAAAGCAUAAAAAAUGUUACCUUAUUUUUUGCUUUUAAAGACUGCUCUAAAUACAUCACAGAACUUAUUUCACUCAUGGAAAGUACUUUACACGUCUUAGUAUUAUUUGUCUAUGCCAUACCAUACCAUACCUACCAUAGACUCUAUGGCAUAGACUAGGAAUCCUCUAGACCGAGUUUAGAGCAAUUAUUUCAUGCAACCGAUGAUGCCAAAAAUGCGGGGGUGCGCGGGACGAGGUGAGCGAAGUCCCGUGCCGUGAUUGGUCCGUUCAAAGACACGGACGUCACACAAAAACACUUUCGACUCGAACAUGGAGUAAAAUUACCGCAUGCGUGGCAGAGGGGGUAGCGCGGCUAUGAUCAGUCUGGAGGAUGUUUUGCCUGUGCUCUAUGGUUUCGUUUCUAACAGAGACGAGUAAAUAGAAAGGACUGUAUAUAGAUUAAUAGUCUGUAUUAUUUACUCGUUUUGAGCCUUUUGUGUUGCUACUUAUUGUAAAUUAAAUUUGAUGUAAUUUUAGAUUAUGUGUUGGUUUUAAGUAUUUUUAGUACUUUUGUUUAUAUUAUGAUAAUAUUGCAAAUAUUCCGCCUCUUAGUUUUCAUGCAAUAAAUGUAAAAAAUAUAUAUCUUCAGGAAAUACGUCAUCUUAAGCCUCCUCCAGACUAUGCGCGUGAAUCGCGGGCGAAGCCGCGAACGCAAGUGUGGCGUCGAUUUCGCAGAUUGUUCACGUCUUCGCGCCUUGUUCUCCGUUUUUUGUCGGUAUUUCGGCCCGCGUCAAAGGAGACGCGAAGCGCGAACUUGCAAGACUCCACAUUACACACUAUUUUGGCUCUUAUGUGGCCAGAUAAAUAUUAAUUAUAUUAUGAUUAUAUUACAUUAAGCAGCUAUAUUUUACGGUUUCACAAGAAAUCAAAAUGGAAAAACAGCUAAAUCACGUAUGAUGCCAUAGAUAACUAACAGUUAAACUCGAUCAGCUGAUGUUUUCCGCCAUCUUGCCGCAAACCAAACUGCGAAAUCGCCGUGAAGUGUGCGAGUGUGGAGUCAUACGUCAACUUCGCGAUAUGUUCGCUCCGCGACGUCGCGCCGCGAUUCACGCACAUAGUCUGGAGGGGGCUUUACUAUAUUUAACCAUAGAUAAAGAAAUUAUAAGACGCGUAAAGUAAUAAAAACGCUUGACAACCUAGCCAGGGCGAAAAUAUACUGGCCCGUCUACUUCAGCCUUAGAGGAUAUAACCAACGGAGACGCCAUGUCUAAAAUUUUCUGUACAAAAUAGUCUGCCGUUUUUUGCGGGGGAGGGGCACAUCAAAUGUAUAGGUCAUGUCAGACAAACGUCAGUCCAUACAUAUGGUUGACAUGUGGUUGACCAUUGGCCGCCUAUUUUCGACAGAGGGGAACGCCUGUUAAUGGCGGCUCCAUUGUUAAUUACUCCGAGACUUCAGCUGUUAUAUGAAUGCUUAAAAUAUUUUACACUAUUUGCGUCUUAUUAGUCCUUGUCUGUGUUGCUUUACCUUUAUUUUAAUUAAUAAUUACAUACGAGUAUUAUUUUAUUUUUACUAAAUACAUUACAUAGUUUUGAAUUAAAAUUACAAAAUGGAAUAUGUCGUAUAAAAAGCAAAUAAAUGUAACGAUUUCCAGGUUUUUAAAGAAUAUAAAGGCUUUUGAUAGUAUUAUUUUAUAAAACUCUGUUAGCGGAAAGAGAUAGUCGUAGAAGGCGGUAGAACAUAAUGUAACCAAUAACGUCAAACUUCUAUAGCCUCCUCCACACUCGUGCGCGAAUCACGGCGCGAAGCCGCGAACGCGAGUGUGGAGUCGAUUUUCGCAGACAGCGAAAUCGAAUCCACACACACAUUCGCGGCUUCGCCCGCGAUUCACGCGCAUAGUCUGGAGGGGGCUUAUGAAAUUAUGACUUUCAAUUGAAAUAACACUUGCACAGUCUGGCCUAUCAAAACCGCUGCCGACUUAGCUUGGUCUUACUCUUCGAUUCUUCUCUUUUGCACAGACUAUAAUUUUACGCUUACUAUUUCCAUUUAUUUUUUAUACCAUCACAAUUUUUACUUAAUGUAUUAUAGUAACGUUAAGUUAUAUUAUAUAUAUUUAUUAUAGGAAGUACCUAUAGACAUACUGAUCUGAGUAUUACAGGGGUCACAAAAUGGCGGACCGCGGUCCGGAUCGGGACCGCCGACCUAUUUUAUAUUUUUGCUUAAUUUGUAAAUUCAAGUAGAAACGGACCGCGAUGGUCAUUUUAUUUUAAGAACCGGACCCCUGAAGAAACUAAUUAGUGGCCCCUGGAGUAUUUUAUACAAAUUAGGGAUAAGCUGGAUAAAAUGUACA